AUGAGCAAGUUCACAUCCUACGAAAGGGCUUCGCUUUUGGGUCACACUGAGGCAGGCGGCUCUCAGCCACGACCCGGUCUGCGCUGGGGCGCCCCCCAGGAAACGUCGGAAACGAAGGACCUGGACAAUCGUGGCGUACACGACCUCUCGAGCCAGAAGAUACAAGAGCAGGACAAGCUGCUCGACAUCCUGGGCGAGAGCAUUGAACGACAAAAGAACAUUGCCCUUCACAUCGGCCACGAAGUGGAUGAACAGAUCGACCUCAUCGCCGACCUGGAUCACGAGGUGCAAUCCACACAGACCCGCGUGUCGAAGGCGACGAUGGCCAUCCGCAAGAUUGACGAGAAGUCGUCAGCCGGCUGCAUGUGGACGGUCAUCCUCGCCCUCUUCCUGGUCCUCAUCGGCGUCAUCGCCCUCGCCUUCCUCCUGCCCUGA